AGGUCCGGACGAGGGCCCCAGAUGAGCACAGUUUUAACGUAUCGCCCAGGAUGAAUGCUGAAGCAUUUCGUCAAUAUUUUAAAAAGCAUUUCGAAUUUUUCCCGGUUCCUGAUACCGGGUCGACCCGUUUCGGCUCGUUCCCGCGACGUCAACACUCUCCUUCACAAGAGAGCAGAAAAUUUCUCCCCGUUACAGCGACCGGCGAGCAGAUUUCCAUCACAUAUCCAUUCCCGCAUAUACGUCGACGGUCGAAUCCUGCGGCGGCAUGCGAGCGUGAAGCGCCCCUCUUGCUUCGGGACGGACGAUGGCGAAACCGACGCCGACAGACGGCGUGCUGUUCGCCGGCCUGAGCUGCGUCGCCGGCGUCGCCUGCAGGCACCUCCUCCGAGGCACUCGCGUCCCUUACACCGUCGCCUUGCUCCUCCUUGGCCUCGCCAUUGGCUCUCUGGAGCUUGGUGCAAGUCUGCCGUUAGGGGCACUGGGGAAUGCAAUCCGCCUUUGUGAGUUUUCCCUCGUCAUCAAGCAUCAUCAAAUCCAAAAAGGACACAGCUUUUUUUUUGGGGCAGAUAUUGAUCCUGAUCUCUUGUUGGCAGUCUUUCUUCCUCCUCUUCUUUUCGAGAGCUCGUUUUCUAUGGACAGCCAUCAAAUUAAGAAAUGUAUGGUACAGAUGCUACUCCUUGCAGGCCCUGGUUUCAUUAUUUCGACAUUUUGUAUUGGAUGUGCUCUGAAGCUUACUUUUCCAUAUGAAUGGAGUUGGCAAACAUCUUUACUGCUGUGGGCAAUUUUGAGUGCAACUGAUCCUGGGGCUGUUGUUGCCUCAUUGAAAGAGCUUGGAACAAGCAAAAAAUUGAGUACGAUCAUUGAGGGAGAAUCAAUGGUGAAUGAUGGGGCAUCAGUUGUGGUAUAUCAGUUGUUCUACAAAAUGGUGCUUGGCUGGCACUUCCAAUGGGCGGAUAUUUUCAAGUUCUUGACAGAAGCAACAGUUGGAGCUCUUGGCUUGGGUAUAGCUUUUGGCAUUGUGUCAGUAUAUUUGCUGGGGUUUAUGCACAAUGAUCCUGAGAUAAAUCUGGCUUUGACGCUUUCUGUGAGCUACCUUUCUUACUUUACGGCUCAGGAAGUUGCUGACAGUUCUGACAUCUUAACGGUGGUCACUUUAGGAAUGGUUAUUGCUGCAGUUGCUAGGACUACUUUCAAAGGUAAUUGUCGACAGAGCUUGCAUAACUUUUGGUGAGUUCUUUUUCUCUUUUUUUUUUUGCAUUUCCGUUCUUCAGUAUCUGGAGUUUUUAAAGAUCUACACUAGUCUUGGUAUUUAGAGGAGAUACUGUUCUCGAUUUAUAUCAAUGCUAACGGCACUUUUAAUCUCCACAAAUAUAAUUUGUGUUUCCUUUUGAGUAUGUUGAGUGCCUCUUAAAGAUAUAUACUAUUCUUGGUAUGUAUUUGGGGUACUCAGUAGUCCCACAGAUACAGGAUCUUUAAGUGUUAUUCCAUUCAAAAAAAUUCUUCUUUUGUUA